AUGUUUGAAUGCCCGGGUCUGAGUCCUGGAGAUGCCAGACGGCUCCAUGUCUGCGAGAGGACAAACCUGCUUCUUGUUGAAUUUAACACAGUUUCUUGUUCCAGCCGGGAUGCCAUGGAAGCCGAGCUGUGGACAGGACAAGGCUACAGUGCCCCCUGGAUGUACCACAGUGUGGCUGGGCAGUACACGUGAGUCCAGGACUCUUUGUUGUUGUUUUUUUAAGGGGUUCAAAAAUAGGGGGUAUUUGUGGAGAAAGCUCCUGUCUUAGCUCCAAUGAGCCAGCAGAGGGGGCUUAGGGGUUGGGGUUAAGGUGCUUCAGUGUUGCAUCUAGUGGUUAGCAUGGGGAGGGGGCAUAAUUUGUUUGUGUUGUAAAUAAUGGACGACAGCAUGAUCCAAAACAAUGAACAUGCUAGGGGUUGCAUCUAGUGUUACUCAGAGCAGACCCAUUGAAAUGAAUGGGCUUUGCUAACUUGGGUCAAAACAUUUCGUGGGUCUACUCUGAAUAAAACAUAGUUGGCAGCAGGCCUAGGAGUUUACCAACAUUUAUUUGGACCCUAUAUAGUGCUUUUUCUAAUUGCUUAAAAGGCAUAGCAUUUGUUACUCGUACAACAUUCACUGAAGGUAAAUUAGUGUAGUAUUAUACCCAUAGCAUAGACUGGAAGGCUAAGGCUGAUAGCUGAGCUGGGGUUUGAACUAAAGGCUCAAUAGCUUUUGCUGCUCUGUAGCAGAAAUGCUCCUAGUACGUUGCCUUGGACCAGGAUUUAAUUUCUAAAAUUGUGAGGUGGGGAGAAUAGGCUAAAAGAUGCUUGCAAGUUCUGUGUGUCAGGCUGGAUUCCCUACUCCCUUAAAAGCUUGAGAGGGUGGGAGUGGGGCCACAGACUUAAACAAUGAAGACUGGCACUGUCUCUGCACAUGCCCAGAUACACACUUAUUAUCACCUGAGGUGGAGUCCUGGGAAAUGGGUUCAAGGGGUAUGCAAAGUUCAUUUCACUGCUUGGCUAGGCACCUUGGGCAAGUUAUUAUCUGUCAGCUGAACCUACAUGCUGAGGUUCAACUUGGCAAUAUAAGAAUUAUAACCCAGUUUGUAUGACCAAGGAAGGGGUAAUUAUUAAUGAGAACCAAAGGCUGUGUUAGGAAGAGGAUAUUGCUGGUCAGAAUACGUUCUGGUGCUGAGGAAUGUCUGCGUGUCUCAAAGUGUGAGCCCGGAGGCAGCAUCAUAGCUACAGGUGGGCAGGGGGGUGGGACUAGCCAGGGUAUUUUCCGCCUGGGUGAAGCCCCCAAAGGCCCCCAGCCUGUAUGUGUGUGUAUGCAAAUGUGCAUGGGAUGGGUGCCAAACUGGGUCUUUAACCCAGGUGAAAUAAAUCCUAGUUUCGCACCUGCCUAGAGGCCACUGGUACAAAUUACGCUCAUCCAAUAGCGCAAGACAUUAGAUCCUUCAACCAGUAAAUAAUAUUAACCUGCUCUACAUGAGUGUUGUACGAAUUACAGAGAUAAUGUAUAUGAAGUGCUUUGAAGACUAAAAACUGCUAUAUAAAUGCUUCAUGUUUUAUUGUGUUUUAAAUAUUUUGUUGGGAGCCGCCCAGUCAGAUGAGUGUCAUACAAACCUUUUACCUUUCAUAUAAACAAUAAAAUUAUAAUUAUUAUUCAUUCUCAUUAUGUUGCUGUCUCAGUAGGGUGUCACCAAAGCAUCUCUUAGGAGGGUCAAUUCACCCUUGGUGCAGCAAAUAUGUGCUCAUAGUGAUCAAUGUUGUAAAAUGUGACACCAGAGAACACAUUUGUGGGCACUUAUGCUCCUGAUCUGAAGUACAAAACUCAUCUCUAUAGACCAUGCCAAAUGCUACCCCAGCACAUGUGUGGUGCCAGCCCCACAAUUGAUACGGCAAUAAGCCAUAAACUUGCAAGUGUAAUAAACUUGCAAGGGAGGAAUAAUGGGUUGCUUAACUCCUUCCACAUUCACCAGUUCUCUCCUGCAGAAAAAAUGGGAGUCAAGAGCUCGUUUUUUCUUCAUUACAUCUAGGAUGGUUCUUGCCCUGUUCUCAGACCUUAAAUUACCAAUACUGCUACUCAGUCGGAAUGGAAAUGUUAGAAAAGCCUAAAUGAUAUUACCUACCAUUUUAUGCUCCAGCCUUUAACAGGAGCUUACCUGAAAUGACAGCAAUAGCAAUACUGGUUAGCUACUAGAGAAGCAACUUCAACCCACUUCAUGUCACUUGAGUGCUGUUCAGAUAAUUCCAGUGCACUUUGAACAAAGGCAAGGUGGAGUGUCAAUGACUCUGGAUGUCUUCAAGAAUGCCUGGAUCAUUUAGCUAUUAAGGUUUCAUGGCUGCCAGGCAGGAUCUGCAAUGUGCAAGAAAUGCUGAAGGAACCAAAAUAAAGUUUUGACUGGAAUGAGGUGUUGCAAAGAGGUUCGUCUGAGAGGGGAGGGGACAGGAGAGAGAACUUGUUCAGUGGUGGUGCCCAUGCAGGCAGGUUCAAUUCCUGCCAGUGCCAGAUGGAGCCACUGCCUCUCAGUAGAUGGUAAUACGCUAGAUGGACCCAAUGGUCUGACUGGUAGAAAGCUGCUUCCUGCAUCCUCAGAGUCCGAGCUAAAGUUAAAUGCACCAGUGAUGUGAAAGGGUCAUAGCUCGGUGGUAGAGCAGUGCCAGAAACUCUGGAGAGCCACUGCUGGUCAUUGCAGGCAAUACUGAAGUCGGUGGGUUUUCCUAUAAAGCAGCAAUAAAGCCUUUCAAAGGGGGGCUGAAGCUGAGGUCUCAAGCUAUGGUGUUAUCCUUCUGCAUCCUUUGGGCUUCCUGGUGGACUCCCUUCCGAUCUCUCUCUCUCUCUCUCUCUCUCUCUCUCUGUCCUUGCAGGCUCUUGGAGAAGCAACUCGUCUCUGAUUUCUCUCCCGCUCGCCGUGGCCUGGGCGCCCGCGUCCUGCAGGAUUCAACCAACUGGCACGAUGCUCAAGUCUUCCCGCCUCGCUGGGGCCCGCGGAGGCCGGAGGGCCGCUGGUUCUCGGGGAAGGAUCCGAGCAAGGCGGCAUCUCCCCCCAAGGCGCCAAGGCAGCCCAACCCGCCUUACGACGGGCUGCCCACGAUGUGCAGGAGAGACGUGAGCAGCCAGGCGGCAAAGGGCCCCGCCGACGGCUGCAGAUGGAGCCGAGGAGCCCCCAGGGGCAAAGGCGAGCUCCCUGCCCGGGCCCCUCCAAGCUACGAGGCCCACAUGCUGCUGCGUCUCCGGGCCGGGCCGGGCCCCCGGAAGGAGAACUGGCCUCGCCCGCCGCCCUAUAUUGCCCCGCCAUCCUACGAGGCGCCCCACCGCACCGUGCAGCCCAAGCAGCGCGCCAGCAAGGAAGCCUCGACGGCGAAGCCCAGCCCGGCGGAAGCCCCCAAGAAAGGCCGCGAGGGAACCAGGAGAGCCUGCGAGUCCGGACCGGCGGGGCGGAAGGCAGGGCGAAGCCCGUCGAAGCUGCCUGGCAGCUGGAGCUACCUCUCCGGAGCCACGACGUGGGGAGGAGGCUUCGGGGCGCGGCCGGAGCCAGCAGGGUCCCGCUACCCUUUGGGGUCCUGCUGGGACAGGAGCCCCCAGCACCGGGGCCACACCCUGCCCCGGGCAACGAAGAGGGGCCAGCCUGGCCGACCCCACCCCGGCCGUCCCCUCCAGCACACGCUCCCUGCCGGCUGGGGUUUCAGCCACGCAGCUGGCUGGCCUGAAGCCGCCGCCGUCGGAGGUGAGAGCAAAGCAGCGGGCGAGCGGCGUAGGGGCAGCUUCCCCAAGGGGAAGGAGCCGGGAGGGGGCCACGCGCCCAGAUCGACGCCCCGAAGGCGAGGAGGUCUGUUUGUCAUCGACGCCACGUGCGUGGUAAUCCAAGCCCACUACAUCCCGCCCCCUCGGACGGAGCGGGUCCGCUACCUGGGCCGCGAAGAGACCGGCGCCGCCCCACCGCCCGGCUCCCCGGCCCCGGCGUCGAUGGAGGAGCGAGCUGCUCGCAUCCUGGGUCUCCCCGUCAGCGAGCUGGGCUUCGCGGGGGCGGGAGGAGAGGCCCCGGGGCCAGGGAGCCCUGCGCGCGGGGCUGCGGGGAGCUGCGCGAGCGACGCGGCUCCUUUCGGGGAUGCGCGGGCAGUGGGGCAGCCUGCGGGGCCUCCUUCGGCCCCGGCCAGCCCCACGAAGCCCGUAGCAGCCCCCGACGGGUCCCAGGCUGGGCCUACGGAGCUAGCCGGGCUGGCCUGCCCCAGCCAGAGAGGGGCAGCCGCUCCUGGCCAGGAAGGCGGCUGCCCGCCCCGAGGCGGAAAAGAAGCCGCCGCAAAGCCCGCGCUGCCCUCGCCAAGCAGAUCCUACGUCCGGGAUCUGAAGGAAGCCAUGUCGAGGAUCCGCCGGCACACCGCGCCGGAUUCGGACACGGACGAGGAGCUGGAGCAGGAGUGGCAGCCGGCCUCCGGGCGAGCAGCCUGGAAGCGGCGGCUGGGGGAAGGAGCCCUCUGCUACAGCAGCAGCAGCAGCAGCCUCGACAGCAGCAGCUCCAAUGCCACCGUGGUGCCCGGGAGCGCCCCCCUUGGCCUGCGGAAGGGGCCCGAGUCUGGCUGGGAGCUGCCGGCUGCGGGUGGAAGCGGCUUGAGCCGGUCCGAGGCAGGACCACAGCCAUGA